GACGGGUAUAUUUGUAUAUUGUCGUGAAGCCGUGCCCAUUCUCGGUUACAUUUAAGCCGUACUGGCCACUGGAAUUAACUGCUUAUUGAUAUCAAGGAGUAUUUUUAGCCGCGCCAAGUCUGAUCGGAUUUAAUUGCCCCGUCUUGUAUAGACGAUUUUGAUUAGGGCGAUAAAUUUGUUUACACAGGAUAACGCAAAGUCUACACGGCAGGGUGUAUUAAUAUUGGAACUCACUCAACAUGCAGCGCAAAUUAAGUUUGCCAGAUGCGAGAAUAACAAUGUUUCACCAACGGGCUCUCACGGAUAUUGUUGAACACUCGGACGAGGAAGGAAAAGAAUCUGCCGGCGAGGAAGACACGCAGAAAAGUUGUAAUGAAGGUGACGUCAACAAAAACGAACCGAAAACACAAGCAAACCUUCCGUUGAUGCAUCAAGUGGUUAUGGAGGGAAACUUAGAAUUACUUAAAGAACUAAUUAAAAAUGGCGCAGAUAUAAAUAUUUUGGACGAGAAUGGCUGGCCCCCAAUGCACUCAGCCAUUCGAUCUGGGAACACUGAAUGUGCAGCUAUUCUUAUCAAGGAAGGAGCUGGCGAGUUUUACUACAAUAAACAGAAACAGGACUAUCUUAGAAGGCUAGAACGUUGUCAAAAGGGGCGCAAGAUUUCGUACUGGAGAUGAGGAACGCUGAGUCAUACAUCCGGCUUGAACUUGACUUCUCAAAUGAAAACAUUGUAAUGCAAUCAAUUGUCGAUCACAGAAAUAUUUAUAAGUUCUACUGUAAAUACAAGACCUUGAGAGUUCUGCAAUCUUUUAAACAACUAUUCAACCAACGCGUGUGGCAAAUUGGCAAAUUGCUUCAACGAAGUUACAGAUCAUUUUAAACAGACAAAAGGAUUAAUUUAUAAACAGGCUUGAUAUGUCUUCCAUCCGUUCCUUCCAAACACGAUGAAAACACCUUUUUACGUGGCACGUGUCGAUACUCUCUGGUGUGGGUGCCACGGAGUGACGGUUUCGUUUUGAACAUUGUUUCCUCAAUUUGCUAAAGCCUUCCCUGUGACACUCAAAUAUGGUUUGUAACUUAAAGUACUUUUUUAAUGAGUUUUCUCGAGUUAAUCCCGCUUAGCUGCACUUUUUGAAAAUGCCACAAUAUCUGAGAAAGUCAGAACUCCCACUGUUCCAUACAAUGCUACUAAACUCACGUAGGAAACAAAAGAAAAAUUGUUUGUUUUUGACUCAAGGCCCUAGCGACGAUGUACGCGGGUCCUGAAAACGGACUGAUGAAUACUCUUGCCGAUUCUUACAAAUCUUCGUUUGCUAUUCAUGAACUGUAAAGCUAAAACUGAUAUGCUAGAUUGUACAGAGUUGCCAUGUAGAAAGCUAAAGGUGUUGAAAGAGAUUUUGUGUGAAUAUUUAAUCUCUAAUUCCGCGAUGAACUCCUUAAUCCUGCUUUGAUUUUGGCCGUAAUCCUUUGUGAUUAAAAUAUUUUGCAUAACAAAGACAUAAAUGUACAAAGGCA